AUGUCGUUAACUUUCCACAGAAAACCAAUUAAAUUCAGUGCUAACACACUGGAAACAUUGUUAGCAAAGUACCAACCGUACACUGAAGAAAUCCUGCCUACUGGGGAGGACAGCACAAAAUACGAAGAGUACUGUAGUGCAAUUAACCUCAUAAUAGGAGGGAUAAAAAUCAUAAAAUCCAGCCAAGAACACCUUCAAAACUUGGUGGACAAGCUAGAAAAAGCAUACGAAGAGUCCAAAACCAAAGGGAAUAAAAAGGACCUCGUAAAUGAAGUCGAAGAAAUCGACCAGCAGUGCCAAUUUAGCGAAAAAAUAGCUAAAGCUAACGAAACAAUCUUCGUUCUUCAGGCACGAAUCAACGAAUACCGAGACAAAGUGCAUAAAUUAGCCUUAAAACUCGGAAUAGAUCCGCAUAAAAGCCACUUAAGCGCGACAAAUAUGCAUGAUAACAGUAAGAAAAAGGAUAGUACCAGCGAUGAAUCAAUCGAUCCAGAACUUGCGCAAUGGCUAUCGGAUGACGCCUCAGAUAACUCUGCUGACAGAGAGGAUAUUGCUUCGAAGAAAUUCGUGGAAACUAGACUCAGAAAUCGACCUAGAUUUGAAGAGGUCAAAAAGAGGGAAUCUCAACCACGAGAAGAGCCUAAGAAAUCUAUUCUUAAGAGCUGCAUUUUUUGCAGUCAAACUUCACAUCCUUCAGCGUACUGUAAAACAGUUACAGAUAUCCAUGCCAAAAGAGGCAUC